GCAUACGCCCCUGCUCUGUCCCGGCCCGAGAUGUUGGGCGGCGCCAUCUUGGGGAAGGAGCUGCCGUUGAUACCUCCAUCCCGUGAAUAUGAAUGAUUUCUGAGUACACAGUGUAUCAGAAUGGAGUGAUGUGAGUUCUGUGCCUUGUGUUUGAUGUCUGCUCCAAUCUGGAAUAGAACAAAGUAUUCCUGCAUGAAAGUAACAGAAACUGGGAUGGCAACAUCAGCUAAAGGCUGAAAAUGGAAGAAACCGAACCUGAUGAAGUGGAUAAACUGAAGGCGAAGUUUAUGUCAGCAUGGCACAAUAUGAAGUACAGCUGGGUUGUGAGAACCAAAACAAAUUUUAGCAGAAAUUCGCCUGUCUUUUUGCUGGGAAAAUGCUAUCAUUUCAAGUCAGAGGGAGUGGUUGAAAGUGCAUCAGGUUGCAGAGAUGCAGCUACAGACUCAGAAAUGGUUUUGUGUAAUGUGAAUCAAUUCCGUAAAGACUUCAUCACUAGAAUCUGGCUAACGUAUCGCCGUGAGUUCCCGCAAUUAAAAGGGUGUACACUUACAACAGACUGUGGCUGGGGCUGCACACUGAGAUCUGGUCAAAUGCUGUUGGCCCAAAGCUUUCUGCUCCAUUUUCUUGGACGAGAUUGGCUCUGGCCAGAUGCACUUCAGAUGGUUGCCUUAGAAACUGAGCUAUUCAAAGCCAAGCCACCAACAAUGAAUGAUGAUGUUGCAGAUUUUACCUUCCUGCCACCUUUAGAAAGUCCACUACAGGAUAUGAGUGAACAGCUGGGCUUAUCAAGUAAUGAGAAACAAACACUAAAGUUAAAUCCUGGUAAUACAGCAAAUGAGGAUGAGAAGUUCCAUCGGAAAAUAAUUUCCUGGUUAGCAGACAUCCCAGCAGCUACCUUUGGAAUGCAUAAACUGAUAGAGUUGGGAGAAAAUUCUGGCAAGCGAGCUGGGGAUUGGUAUGGCCCAGCUGUUGUUGCCCACAUUUUAAGGAGAGCAGUGGAAGAUGCAGUGGAGCCCGAGCUGCAAGGAAUAACAGUUUAUGUUGCUCAGGACUGUACAGUUUAUAUUGCUGAUGUAAUAGAAAAACACUUACAAGUUAUUGAAUCAGGAGUACCAAAAUCAUCAGACAAGACGGCUGUUGUUAUCCUAAUACCAGUGAGACUUGGAGGGGAAAAGGUCAACCUUGAGUACAAAGAGAUUGUAAAGGGGAUCUUGAGUCUUGAGUUCUGCGUUGGAAUUAUUGGUGGAAAGCCAAAACAAUCUUUCUAUUUUGUGGGAUUUCAAGAUGACAGUUUGAUUUACAUGGAUCCUCAUUACUGCCAGUCAUUUGUGGAUGUCACAACGAAGGAUUUCCCGCUUGAGUCAUAUCACUGUCCUUCUCCGAAAAAGAUGUCAUUUAGUAAGAUGGAUCCCAGCUGCACAAUAGGGUUUUACUCACACAGUGAAGCUGAUCUUGAAAAAAUAAUUGAUGAAGUAACAAAGGUUCUGAAUUCACCGUCUUCCAAGGAGAAGUACCCAUUGUUUACUUUUUCAAGUGGACAUGCUAGAGAUUUUGAUAUUGAUAAACUUUGCAUGCCAAAAACUGAUUCGGCUGCACAACUCUCGGAGAUUCCAAGGCGAAAAGCAGAGAAAUUGAGUAAUGAGGAGUUUGUCUUGCUGUAACGGGAAUUUCAUGGUAAAUAAAGUGGGACUACCCUGUCAGUGCUGGCAUCUGCUGUGGGUACCCAUUAAUACUGAUGUACAAAUAAUUUCUAAUUAUACAACUAGAUGCUGUUCAAUUAAAACUAUUUUGCAAAAGUACAGAUAUUUUACUGUAUAUAAAAAUGUAAUCUUAACUGAUGUUAGUUUCUGAUUAUGUAUAAUAAUGAAAAUAAAAUUUUUAAUUGAUUAUAAAUAAA